AUGAUAAAAGGAUAUCAAAGAUUGCAGAAAUUAAAGGACACUAAUGAUUUGGAUUAUUCCAUAGAAACUUAUAACAAGGUACUCUUUGGAAUCACAUUUGGCUUGAUUAUCAUAAUUGGAGUCGGAUAUUUUGUCUAUGAUAAUUACUUUGCAAAUCCUCUCGGAAGUAGCUACCAGUCAAAGAUAUCCGCUGGAAGGCUUUUGACAGAUAGAUCUAAAGAGUAUGCCCCUGUUUAAACUCUUGAAGGUUCUCCGAGAUAAAAUGAUAGCAUUUCAAAUAGGCAUACCUCAACAAAUGAGAUGGACACUACUUAGAAAUUUCUGAGGCGCGUGCAUGAAGAAACUAAGUCUCGAGUCUCAAAGAACACCGAUAGCAUUAAUAACGAAGAUUAAGGUAGGGAGAGUCUAGCAAACCCCAUGAAUUAAAACUAUCGAAGGAAUUAUGCUUGA